GUGCCACCACCCCGUCGUGGAGAUGCUGGAUCUGCCCUUCCUGCCUUUCUGCCUCCUCCUGGGUGUCCUGGGCUUCGUGUGCGUGGCCUUUGUGAGCGCCUGGUGGCGCGGCGGCUUCGCUUGGGAUGGCAGCACCCAGAUGUUCAACUGGCACCCGGUGCUGAUGGUGACGGGCAUGGUGGUGCUUUAUGGUGCAGCGUCCCUGGUUUAUCGCCUGCCCUCAUCCUGGAGCGGUCCCAAGCUGCCCUGGAAGGUGCUGCACAGCUCCCUGGCCCUGGCAGCCUUCAUCCUGGCAGUGCUGGGCUUGGUGGCCGUCUUCCGCUUCCACAACGACCACGGGACACCCAACAUGUACUCGCUGCAUAGCUGGCUGGGCUUGGCCACCAUCCUGCUCUUCUCCUGCCAGUGGCUGACCGGGUUCAGCACCUUCCUGCUGCCCUGGGCUCCUGCCUGGCUCCGUGCCCUCUACAAGCCCGUUGUCUUUGCCAACCCCCUGGGGCUCCUCAUCCUGCUCUUGGGGGUGCUGGUGCUGGGUGCCCUGGCCAGGCCGAGCUGGAGGCGCCCUGAUUCCGACUCCCCGGACUCCUGCCAGCCCCUGCUCGCUGCUGAGCGCUGA